UAAAAACCAAAGAAGAAGAAGAAGAGGAAGUUGUAUUGAUUCCGGGUUUGACUUCGGUGCUUCCUGUUGUAAAAAUGUAAACAACAACAACAACGACAAUAACAGAGAUGAUGUGUGUGUUCGUGUUGUUACUGUCCGACAUGAAGGCAGCCGGAGAACUCCCACCUGUCGCCGCGGAGGGAUCUGCCAGCUAGAGCUGUUUUUCGUCCAGCUGAGGUUUCCAGUCUGAACCGGUCUGAACCGGUCUGAGGCGGUGUGACGUGGUGUCGGAGGCGGUGAUGGCGGCGCGGGGCCGUGGGCGGGGCCGGCGGCUCAUGAGCUUCAGCGUUGAGGCCGUGGGCAUCAGCAGAGGAGAGAGUUUACCCCCAUCCAUCCUGCAGCCCACGCCCCUGUUCCCCCCCAUGGAGCAGAAGCCCCUCCCGUUGGUUGGGGGGGAGGAGGUGGAGUACAUGCUGGCUCUGAAGCAGGAGUUCAGAGGAGCCAUGAGGAGCUUGCCCUUCUUCAUCCAGCCGGACGCCCCGCACACAGAUGUGGAGCGGUACUCUGAUAAAUACCACAGCAGCGAGCCGGCUGACAGCUCACUGGACUGGAAACCAGACUGGCGGCGGCUUCCUAAGGAGCUCAGGCUCCGGAGCAGGAAGCCUCACAGAGACGGCCGGGCGGCGGCGGGCGGGGCAGUGGCAGCGCGGGUCGGCCAGAAGCCCAGCAAGGAGAAACAGGAAGUUCUGCUGAAGCUGGAGACUCUGGAGAAGAAGGAGGAGGAGGUGAGCUCCGGGGAGGAGGAGGGCGAGGAGAAGAAGAAGCAGGAGGAAGAGGAGGCCGAGGGUGAGGAGGAAUACGACGAGGAAGAGUUUGAGGAGGAGACCGACUACAUCAUGUCCUACUUCGACAACGGGGAGGAGUUUGCAGGCGACAGCGACGACAACAUGGACGAGGCCAUUUACUGAGCGCAGCGGACGGACUGCACCUUUACCGAGGACACGGGAGUUACAGCCUGCUGUCAGGGGGAGGAAGCCGAGCCGCCCAGCCGCCGUCUGAGCGUCCGGCGGCCGCCUGAGCGUCCCGCGGCCGAGUGUUGAACCCCCUUCUCUGAGCCGGUGGACAGCACCACAGCACAAACACAUUUUUGAAAAAGUUUGGCCAGCUCAGUGGUUUUCCAAGUGAUGUCCCGGGGCCCGCAGGGGUCCUUGAGGGCCUUCCAGGGGUCCUCAGUUUAAUUUCAUUUGAUCAUUUUCUUCUUUUCGGUUCAGUCUCACCGCAGUUUCUCAGAGCUCAAGUCUGAUGGUGGAAAAAAAGGCACCUUUUUUCCUGAAAACCAGGGAAAGGCUGUGAGCAAAUUAGCAAAAAAAAAAAAAAAAAAAAAAAAAAAACCCACUAAAUCAGAAAAAAGCAGACAAUUAUUAGAAACAUUUGGGUAAAAUGUGAAAAUUGGCAAAAAUAAUAUGAAUGAAUUAUGAAUUAUGAAAAUGCAGCCAUUUCAUAAGAAUUUAAUACACAUAGAAACAUCUGUCUUGACCUCAGGGACCCCACAGGGUCACUUCAUUUGGGGGCCUCGACUUCCUGAAAGGAGCUCGGGGGUCCGGGACGUUCUGCUGGUCGCCGUGUCGCUUAUUUCUGUUCUUCUUGUUCUGGACUUUUAUCGGUCACAUGACCCUAAACAGCAUCUGAUUGGUUCCUCGGUUUUUGUGUUGUUUUUGUGUUGACAUUGUGUGUGUGUGUGCGUGUGUGUGUGUGCGUGUGUGUGUGUGGGCUGUGAGCAGCUCUGAUGGACCUGGAGCUUCUCGCUGUCAAACCUUUUGUCUCCGUGUUUUUGAAGCUUUUCUACUCGCCUUGUGUCGCGUCACAGAUCCUCCAGACGCAGCGCAGCAAAUAAACGGCAGCUAGUUCACACCUUUC